GGAGUGUCACCAGAGAUGAUGAGACUGAUUAUCGAGUACGCCUACACGUGCUCGGUGCCUGUAACAGAGGACAAUGUGGAGUGCCUCCUGGUAGCCGCUGACCAGUUCAACGUCAUGGGCAUCGUGCGGGCCUGCUGCAGCUUCCUGGAGAACAAGCUCUGCGUGGAGAACUGCAUCGGCAUCUACAGGUUUGCCGACUUCUACUGCUGUUCGGAGCUGCGGCAGCACGCCCGCCUCUUCAUCUUGCAGCACUUUGAGGAAGUUGUGCACACUUCUGAGGAGUUCCUGGACCUGGAUGUGCUGCAGUUUUGCGACAUCAUAGAGAAGGACAAUCUCAACAUCAAACAGGAAAAUGUGGUAUUUGAGGCCAUCCUUCAGUGGAUCGCUCACGCACCCACCACCCGCAAACACCACAUCUCUGUGCUGCUGCCCAAGGUGAGGCUAGCAUCGAUGGACAUCAACUAUUUUAUGAAUAACGUGAAGAACAAUGAGAUAGUGAGGGACAGCAAAGAAUGCAAGCCCAUCAUAAUCAACACCCUAAAGGCCAUGUAUGACCUUAAUUUGAAUGACACCCACAACUUUCAAAGUCCACUUACGCACCCACGUCUGCCCAAUGCCAUUCUACUGGCUAUCGGGGGCUGGAGUGGAAGUAGCCCCACCAAUGGCAUUGAAGCGUAUGAUGCCCGAGCCGACUGUUGGGUCAACGUGACAGUUGAGGAGGAGAGCCCUCGAGCGUAUCACGGCACUGCAUACCUCAAUGGCUUCAUCUACUGCAUCGGCGGCUUUGACAGCAUGGAAUACUUCAGCACCGUGCGGAAGUUCAAUCCUGUGACACGCACCUGGCAUCAAGCUGCUCCCAUGCACUCGCGUCGAUGCUACGUGAGCGUCGCCGUGCUGGACGGCUUCAUCUACGCCAUGGGUGGAUAUGACGGUUACGUACGUCUCAACACGGCAGAGCGGUACGAACCUGAAACCAACCUGUGGACUGUCAUCUCACCCAUGCACCAGCAGAGGAGUGACGCCAGUGCCACCUCCUUACAUGGAAAGGUGUACAUCUGUGGGGGGUUUAAUGGAAAUGAGUGCCUCUUCACUGCUGAGUACUACAGCCCUGACACCAACCAGUGGACCCUAAUUGCCCCGAUGAGGAGUCGCCGUAGUGGAGUUGGGGUUAUUGCAUAUGGAGAGCACGUCUAUGCAGUUGGGGGCUUUGAUGGGGUCAACCGACUCCGGAAUGCAGAGAUUUACAACCCGGUAACCAACAGCUGGCACAUCGUGCCUGUGCCCAUGUUCACCCCAAGGAGCAACUUUGGCAUAGAGGUAAUGGAUGGUCUCCUCUUCGUGGUCGGUGGCUUCAAUGGGUUUGCCACCAUCUUCAAUGUGGAGUACUACAACCACAGCACAAACAAGUGGUGUGAAGCCCACGACAUGGGCAUAUUCCGCAGUGCCCUCAGCUGCUGCGUGGUGCCAAGCCUUCCCAACAUCACCGAGUACGUCGCACCACGGCAUACCUUGCAGAACUCACAGAAGGAACUUAAGCAGUCUAUGUCCAAGGACAUCCUCUCCGUCUGA